UCUUCCUCUCUUAUUUGCAAACAUAUCAAGUCAAUAAGUAAACAAAGGCUUCUUCUCCCUUCUCUUCCCCUCCAUUUCAUUCCACUCCACCGCAAUUUUUGUUUUAAAAAAAGGAGUGAAAAUAAAUUAAAUAGAAUUUUAGAAAAAAGGGGGGAAAUGAAGAACGGAAUCAGGUGUUUCUUAUCUUGUUUCCUGCCAUGCGGCACCCUCGACGUCGUCCGCGUCGUCCACCCCAGCGGCCGCGUCGACGAGAUCGCCGCCCCGGUCACCGCCGCCGACGUCAUGCUCACGCACCCGAACCACGCCGUCCUCCACCACCCGCCCGCCGCGCUGCUCCCGCCCCACGCCCGCCUGCACCGAGGCCGGAUCUACUUCCUCGUCCCCGUCGGCUCCCACAAGGCCGCGCCGCUGCCUCGCGCCCACGCGCCGGCGAAGAGCAAGAGCGCGAACGGCUGGGGCGGGGAGAAGGACGGCGGAGGGAAGAGCGCGCCGGAGCAGUUGAGCAGGGAUCACCGGAGCCGGCGAGGCGGUAGGGUCGGGGCGUGGCGGCCGCAUUUGGAGAGCAUCGUCGAGAUCUCAACGAUCGAAUUUAAUUAGGGCUUUUUUCGCGAGGCGUUUUCCGUUUCCUUAAAUAGGGAUGCCGCCUCUAAUCAUUCUCCGGCCGCUUAAGAUUUUGUACAAAUUAAGCAUUUCUAUUUCUCACCUAGUUGAUAAAUUUAUUAAGGGUUUUUCUCCUUCUUUAA